AUGCAUGGCGCGGCAGCAGUCAACGUUGGGACGAGUUCAGAUAUCAACAUCGUCCACACAGCUCGGGACUCAAUAUCGGCAUGCACGUGGGACCAGGAGAUGCCCAAGACAGCAGCGAAUGGAUUCCCGUCAAAAGUUUUUGACGUGCAAGAUCCCUCCCCACCCGGAAAGGUCAUCUUAGCAUGGUGUGGCUGCGAAGAUCCCCUCUCCUACAUGUACGAGGUCGUCAAGAAAGUUUUCGAUCGAUUGCUCUCAACCAACGUCAUCAUCAAAGUCGAAGAAUUGUGCGUUGAGAUCAAGCCACACCGAAAAUACGUGUAUGAAUAUGAGCAGGGUCCACAGCCUGAACAUUCCUUGUAUCUUGUCAAAACCCCAGACGGUAACCAGUAUGCUGUCGACUUGUCUGGUGCACAAUAUGGCAUUCUUGACAGACCUGUUAUUCCAUGGCGAGAAUACAAUGACAGUUACGUCGAAAAAGUGAUGAACAUUCGCGGUCAAGGAUAUUUGCUGGGACGCUCUGGUAGCAGCGUGACUGAGCGUGUUAAUCAGGCAAGGGACAUGGAUGAUGCGAUAAAGGACUGGUGCGAACAGACGACAUUGGAGCUCGGUGAUCUGUUGACGAUGGCGACUGGUGCCGAGUUCGAUUCUGCCCGAGAGGAGGUUUGCCAACUUGUGAGAAAGGGUGUCGAGAAUGGCAGCAGGAAGCGAAUGGCGGAGGAAGAGACGAAUGCACAGUGA